UGGGUUGCAGUCCUCCAGAGGAAAAAAGAUACAUGUAGCAGCUGAACAUUUUACUGCUGAUGGUAGCUUGCAAACCUAACACAACCAAUUGGGCCCAAGGAAAGCCAUACAGUAUCAAUGACGUUGUGUAUGCUAGGUUUGAAGAUUUUGGAACUUUUCUGUCUGUUUUUAUAAGUAUUUGGAAGGUUUCCGUGCCCUUAGAAGCAUGGGUUAUUUGUUAAUUACCAGUUGCCAUCUUUUUUCUUACGAAUGGAGGAUUAGAAGUUUAAGCAGCCCGAUUGUCUUUUACAGUUUCUCGUGAGGAAAGAACUCUUGAGCACAAACUGAGACACUUCAGUUCUCUCACAGAUGCACAGGGUUUGUACAGUGUCUGGAAUAUUAAAUGGUAAAUUUGCAAACAGUUUUUUGAGGCCUGCCAGAGUCUAGAAAAUAAAGAUCACAUCUGAAAAUUGGAAGGACAUGUGGAGUUUAUGUUUUUGCCAAGCUGCAGCAAGUUUGCCAGCUAGUCAAAUUUCAAAUUUGCCUUGGUCAAAAUGUUCAGUGGCAGAAUUUGGAGGACUCUCCCCAUGUUACCCAGGUACAUGUGUGUCCACAUUGCACCAUGAGGGCUGUAGGUUCACAAUGCAAGUUACAAUACAUGCACGGUUAUUAAUUAUAUUUUGGUUACGUUUUGAGGAAAUGUACUUGUUGUUUGACUCUGGAAAAAGAAAAUUACUUGAUAUAAUGAUUGGAAAAUGUACAAAAUAGGUCUUGAAUUCUGCAUACAUUUAAAAUAAUGUGUAGGAACGCUGUUGGGAAUAUUACUUUUAAAAAAAUUUGUUAAUUUUCUUUUGUAGUGGAGCAAACGCAAUGGAUGAUGGAAUGGAAAAAUUCAAGAUGAUGCCAUUUCAUAGAUGUUUUCUCAGUUUCCAUGGAUUUUCUGAUGAGGAGAAAAAACACAUGGAAGAAUCCACAGAGCAGCAAGGUGGGGUGCCCGUGGAAGCCAGUGAUAGUCGCUGUACACAUCUUGUUGUGGAAGACAGUGUCACAGAGCUACCAAGUGGUUUAGUGGACCAGUCUCAUUGUCAAGUUGUUAAGCAGGAGGUAUGUCUAUGUGUGUUGAACUCUAGAACUGCAACUGCUGUUGAGAAAAAAAAACCACCAGGAUUGUGAGAAAGUUUUGAACUUAAGGUGGCUAUUAUGUUGUUGAUGGAGUAGGUAGCUGGUUUGCCACCAUUUUCUCAAGAAUGCAGUAAAUAUCCCAGCAAAGUAGACAGCUGAGACCACGAGGCAGAUGACGAUUUUGCCAGUAGUCAGCUAAUUUUGUCAAUCCUGACUACCGAAUAGUAAAUGUUGAUCUUGUUGUUAUGACUACUCAUGGGAUGGGAGAAGAAAAUUUUUCAAGGCAGGGUGUCAACAAGGAA